AUGACGCAGCGUGGAGUGCUGACGGAUGGUUCACCCAGGAAGGGCGGCAAGGGUCCUGGAAAAGGACCCGCAGCUGCAGCUCCAGCGGCGGAGCCGGCUGCAGAUUUUCGGGAGGCCGCUCCAACUGCUGAAGCCGGAGCUGAAGCUGCAGCACCAGCGGCAGGAAAAGGGCCCAACCAUUGCCAGCUCACUGACCAAGAAUGGCAAGAACUUUUCUUUGCGAGAUUUCGUGCAGAACCUGCUCCUGAUAUGCACUUUCCUGAGGAUGACAAUGCUCUCAACCUCAUGGCACGUUCCAGUGCGCAACUCACAGCAGCUCCACAAGCAACCAGCUCCUCUUCAACUGACAGAAGUCGAAGCCGCUCAGCUGCUUCUGCGGAUCCCAUCAAUGCAGAAGAAGAGGACACCUGGCGACUGGCGAUGAUUUAUACAGUCGAAGGCGAUGCUGUCCAGGUUGAUGUGCCAUGGACAGAUGUGCAACUGCGAGUUGAACGAGUUGCUCAGGCUUUCUCCCUGGCUCGUGAUCAAGUCACCGAACUUCACUAUGUUGCUGCGACACCACAAGAUUUACUCCAAGAAGAACUUGAAUGCUUUCUUCUUCAACGACUGCAAGGUGCACCUAGCUCUUCAUUACUAAGUCUUGUGCUGGCAGAUAUUGAAUAUCGUCCAGACCAUCGCGGAGCAGCCCUUCGAAUUGUCCGCAGAGGUUUCUGGCUUCCUCAUCACUGCAAUGCCAUCUCGGUCAUCAGGCUUUUGGGAUAUGAGGGCCAUUGUGCACCCAGAUACAGGCGAUGUUCUUUGUGGCACAACAAUCGAGUGAUUGACAUUGAAGCCAACCACUUGCUACAUUUAGCCUCUGGUGAUUAUAUUCGAUUUCAUCUUCCCUGGAGCCCAGAUGAUGACUUCGACUAUCUCUUUGGCUCCGACUGUCCACUUGAAUCCACGGAGCAGACAUCGCUUUUUCAGAAGUAUGCAGGAGUUAUCGCCACUGACGGUGGCCAAUUCCACAGCACGGUUUCCAUCGGUGUGACAUCCCCAGACUUGCAGCGCUGCCGGCUGAUACCAGCACAUGGAUUCACAGACUUCGACAAGUCUGGUCAGACCGAGCUGAUGCUAUGCGUGUGGCUACGUUGGUUUUGGUGCAACCUGGGCCUCCAGAUCAAAGACAUGGAGGGCACCUUAUCCUUCUACAAGAUGUCACACCAAAUCAGGCUGGCUGCCUGUUUAGUCAACAUGGACCAGGAGCCGCACAUGAACCACAAAUGCGAUUUGCAGCCCUUUUUGAACAACCGAUGA